GAAAUGAAUAACGUCUUCCAUCGAUGAGGUUGGGCUGUUACAAAUAUCUGUCUUCACUACUCUCAAGUCUGUGGCUGCGAGAAGAUGGAGAUGGUCGAGAAGGUGGCUCUUCCUCUCCUCCUACCAAACUCGCCCCCUUCAAGACCCAAUAUUCCGACCACUCUUAUCCAUGACCUCACUUCCACUUCCUCUCCGCACCCACGACGGCGCAUAUCCCUCGGCAAAUCCUCCGAUCCCAACCGCGGCAAGCCAUGGUCUUCUCCUCACCUUUCCCCGCAAGGUCACCAAAUUCUUCAUUUCUUAACUCAUUCCCAUUCCGAUUCCGUUAACAUCGAUCAUAUUCUGCGUCCCCUUUUCGACCACCCACACCCCGCGUAUCUGGCUUCCGAUAUUUUGGGGAUAAUCAAGGCUUUAGGGUUUAACAACAAGGGUGACCUUGCCUUGGCCGUCUUCCAUUGGGUUCGUAGCAGGGAUGAUUGCGUUCCCCUUCUGAGCGGUUCUGCAAUACCCGUCAUCAUCAAAAUUAUGGGCAAAGCGGGUCGGGUCUCGUCUUUGCCCUCCUUGCUUCUCGCCCUUCAAAACGAUGGCUUUCAGAUUGAUGUCUAUGCCUACACUUCCUUCAUAAAUGCCUAUGCCAGUAAUGGCAGGUACAGGGACGCCGUCAAUCUCUUCAACAAAAUGCAGCAAGAUGGUUGCGCCCCCACUCUCAUUACUUACAAUGUCAUUUUGAAUGUUUAUGGCAAAAUGGGCAUGCCUUGGUCUAAAGUCACAGCUCUUGUUGAUGCUAUGAAAUCACGUGGGGUUGCCCCUGAUUUGUACACUUACAAUACCCUUAUAAGUAGCUGUCGUCGAGGUGCCCUUUAUGAAGAAGCUGUCAAUCUGUUUGAACAGAUGAAGUUGGCUGGGUUUACACCUGAUAAGGUUACCUAUAAUGCCUUGUUGGAUGUGUUUGGCAAGUCUAGACGGCCCCAGGAGGCUAUGCGGGUUCUCAAGGAGAUGGAGACAAAUGGCUUUUCUCCCACAAAUGUAUCAUACAAUUCUUUGAUAUCGGCUUAUGUUAGAGGUGGUUUGUUGGAGGAAGCCUUGGAGCUUAAAACUCAAAUGGUGGAGAAAGGGAUUCAGCCCGACGUGUUUACCUACACCACCCUUCUGUCUGGAUUUGAGAAGGCCGGCAAAGAUGAGCUUGCCAUUAAAAUUUUUGAAGAAAUGAGAGCGGCAGGAUGCAAGCCUAAUAUUUGCACCUUCAAUGCCCUUAUUAAGAUGCAUGGUAACCGAGGAAAGUUUGCCAAUAUGAUGCAAGUUUUCGAGGAGAUCAAGGUGUGCAACUGUUCUCCUGAUAUUGUUACUUGGAACACCCUUUUGGCUGUGUUCGGCCAAAAUGGAAUGGACUCCGAAGUUUCUGGAAUAUUUAAAGAAAUGAAGAGAGCAGGUUUUGUGCCAGAGAGGGACACCUUCAACACUCUAAUAAGUGCAUACAGCAGGUGUGGUUCCUUUGAUCAGGCUAUGGCUGUUUAUAAGAGCAUGCUGGAAGCUGGAGUGGCCCCAGAUCUUUCUACCUAUAAUGCUGUUUUGGCAGCGUUGGCUCGUGGAGGGCUUUGGGAACAAGCUGAGAAGGUUCUUACUGAAAUGAAGGAUGGUCAGUGUAAACCUAAUGAGCUAACAUAUGCUUCUUUGCUUCAUGCUUAUGCCAAUGGUAAGGAGAUUGAAAGGAUGAAUGCUUUUGCUGAGGAAAUAUACUCUGGCUCUAUUGAAACACAUGCUGUUCUUUUGAAGACCCUUGUUCUAGUAAAUAGCAAGAGUGAUCUCCUAAUGGAAACGGAACGCGCCUUUCUGGAGUUAAGGAGAAGAGGAAUUUCGCCUGACAUUACCACGUUGAAUUCAAUGCUUUCAAUAUAUGGGAGGAAGCAGAUGGUGGCCAAAUCCAAUGAGAUCUUGAAUUUCAUGUAUGAGAAUGGAUUUACUCCAAGUUUGACAACUUAUAAUAGCCUAAUGUAUAUGUACAGCCGUUCUGCAAACUUCCAAAAGUCUGAAGAAAUCUUGAGGGAUGUUCUGGAGAGAGGUAUGAAACCUGAUAGAAUUUCAUACAAUACUGUUAUUUAUGCAUAUUGCAGAAAUGGUAGAAUGAAGGAGGCUUCAAGGAUAUUUUCUGAAAUGAAAGAUGCGGUACUUGUUCCUGAUGUUGUAACUUACAACACAUUUAUCGCAACUUAUGCUGCUGACUCAAUGUUUGCUGAGGCUAUUGAUGUAGUUCGAUACAUGAUUAAGCAGAGAUGCAAGCCAGACCAGAAUACUUAUAACUCUAUCGUUGAUUGGUACUGUAAGCUCAACCAGCAAGAUGAGGCAAACAGGUUUGUUAAAAACCUUAGUAAUCUUGACCCACAUGUUUCCAAGGAGGAAGAACGCAGGUUACUAGAGAGAAUAGAAGAGAUGUGGCCAUAAUUUGUUUCAUUACUCUUUGGAUGCAUUACUGGAAUUUGGAAUAUUUCUCUUUCCUCCACGGUUGCCAUUUUAUAUAAUAUUUGGGGUAUGGAGGUUGGCGUUCACCCCAUGUAGUUAUAAAUCAAUGUAUUUUUCAGUGGGAUUUAUUUGCCAGCAAUGUGUGUCUCCUCAUUGAUGCUCGCUGAUGCGGUUGUACAGAAACAUUGGCAAAUAAAAGAAUAGAAAGAGCGAAGGGACUGGAUGGCUUUAAAUAUCUUAGUAGCAGUGUGCUGUCCGGAAAGAAAAAAGUGUAAAGAAGCCUUUUGAUAUAGUUUCACUUUGUAGUAGUAUUUACUGUUUCAUUUCCAAUUUAGUGUAUUUGUAACAAAUAUGUAAGUUCUUAUGCUUUUUGUUUGGAGAGGACUAUGAAAGAUUAUUCCUGCUGGUGAGACUGCUGUUUGUAUGAAGGGCAAAACUUUAUUGGUUGAUUCUACGUCCUCCCUUUUGUUGUAAAAGUCAUAAAAUUGUAAAAAUAAAGCUGUCGUAUAAGCAAAUUUUAAAAGACAUAUGACCAUUGAUUACAUUUUGUUUUUAAUGGAUGGUUGGGAUUAAAACAGAAAAUGUAAAAAAUAAAUGAAUAACUUGCUUAUGUCAUAGAGGGUAAAAAAAU